UACUGGAAGUGCUUGAAGUUUUACGCGCCCUGACUAGAACGACAAAGCCUCUACGCUUCUGUGUGAUUGAACAAAGUACGUGUAGGUGUUUUACUAAGCCGAACAUCAGCCAAACAAAUUGCGCCAAAUAAAAGAUAACCAUAACUGAGGCGAUAGUCAGUUGCGAUAUUCGCACGCAUGUGAUUUUUGUAGAGAGGCACGGAAGUGAAAUAAAUAAUAAUAGCAGUCAAAUAAAAAAUGCAACGAAUUUUGGCACAUCACUCAUACGCAAUGUCGUACCGCGUGCCGUGCGAAGCGUGAGAACGCGCGUUUUGUUUGCUUACCAUGUCCAUCCACUAAAGACGCCACAAGACAUUUGUCAGCCUUUGGCGCCACACGAAAUUAAGACAAAUCGCGAGUGGUGUGGAGUUAACUGUGAAGUGCGUCGAGGCAGAGGCAUAGGCGGCAAGGCUGGCGGCGUCAACGACCGCAACAUUACAAGCAAAGUCAAACCAUCAGAAGAGGCAACAACAAUUCACAAAGAUCACAAUAAAAGCGCUUGUUAGCUCAUAAUCAAGGAGAACCAUAUAGUUAAGAACAUUUCCACGGAACAGCAGCAAAACAGAAACUAAGCAGCUAAUACUAAGUGGGGAAGUUGCAAGCAGCAACGGCGGUAAGAAGAGGGUGGCGCAAAUAUUUGCAAAGGCCACGGGGAGCACAACGCUUGGCAACUCAGCAUCGGCGAAAAUAGCUUUCAGCUACAGCAGCGCUGUCGACUUCUUAAAGGCACAUUGUCAGCAUAGUCUCGUCAAUCACAACAUAAGCACAAAGCCAACAACAACAGCACAAACUAUACAUCUAUUAACUACUGAGUGAGGCUAGAAACUAAACGCUCUUCUCACAGUUGUCAGCUGUCACCGUUGGCAAACAGAGGAGUCAUAACCGUUAGCUCGCCGGUCCGCUAACGCCUCUACUCUAUAAAUUCAUUUGGCAGCAUUGGCUUAGCCGCACACUACUCUGUUUCAUUUCGUUUUUGGCCGUACGAAAUAUUGCACAAAAAUGCCUGUGGGUGGGCGCACAGCCGGCAAAUACGGAUAUUCCGACAGCAGUUACUACAGUGGCCAUUCCUACAAAAGCAUCAACGAUGAAAUUAUUUGGGUGAGCAUCGGCAUGGGCGUCACUAUAAUUGUUCUAAUCACCAUAGCACUGUGCUACAUCGCUUACGAGAAAUGCCACAAGAAACGUGAAUACUACAUUAAUGCAUAACGCGGUACCUUGGAGACGGUGAAUUUUAAUAGCAACUGGCAGCCAAUUAUGGAAGCGAACGGCAUGCAGUGUCAUGUGGCACGCAACACAUGCAACGAAAGGCAAUUUGCAAAGAAGAUAGCCGAAAAUUAUGCACAACACAAAAGUGCGCGCGAUAUGGAGGUGCCGCCAUAAAUGCAGGAGAUAAAAGUAGACCGUGCAGCGUAAAGCGAGUGUAUCGAAAAAACAAAGUUAAGUUUGCACAAAAUUGGCAUAAGUAGAAGUGCCACCUACCGCCAACCACCAACCAACGACCGCAAACCGCUUGCUCCGUUGACUGCAAUUGCACUUCGCACAACCACCUACACACACAAAUACAACGUACACACACACAUGCCACAUGCACACAUACGCAUGUAGUAAUAAUUUGCGGUAUAUAUAGUUUGUAUGAUUCGCAUUUCGUAAUAUCUACGCCAAAAAGCGCUAAAUCCCCCACAAAAUUACAUUUUUCACACACACAGUUGCAAAGCGCAGGAAGCAUUUGCGCUUGCAACCGGAAGCGCAUAAUGGCAAUGGCUUAGCCAUUUGCUUUACGCGGCUACUCUUAUUCUGGUCAUCAUGAAUGUAUUUCCCCGCUCGUACAGGAACAGCAAGCCAAUUCCCGUUGAGUUCGGGCAAAGCGUCCAAAUAUAGCGGACAACCAUAUAUGUAGCAGUCAACCAUAUAAACAUAUUUACAUUGUACUCUGUGCAACAAUAUUACUUAAGCGUAUGUGUUUGCAAUGGCAAUUUAGAGAAUUUAUAAAAGAGGGUAUGAGCUGCACAAGGUGAGCUUAUAAGGAAAAAUAAUACUCCCACAUUUUAAAAAGCUUUAAAUAAAAUAAGGUAAGGCCUUUGAAAAUUCGAUUGAAUUGAAAUUACUUAAAAUUAAAUAAAAAAAAACACGAUGAUAUUUAAAAGACCUGAAUACAUUACUUUAAAGCUGAAAUAUUAGUAAACGAAUUUUAAUAGGAAAUGUAGAAAUCUACUUAUACAUACAUAUAUAUGACAUUCUGUUUUAAACAAAUAAAAAGUAUUUACUGCAUAUAAAUGUCAAUGAAGUUCCUGCAUGCAGGAUUAUAUACUUAGUAAUGUAUUAAAUUCAAUAUUAAAUUUAUGUUUCUAAAAACUAUAACUAUUA